GGUGAGAGCACUGGACGAAUUCAGUUGCAAGAGUUACUUGAAGCAUCCUCUAAGGGUGACGUAUCGAUCUUCAGCCAGAGUCGAGCAGAGGCGGUUUCAGCCAUGAGCAAACCGGCCGCUUCAUCCCAGUUCUGUUGUGAUUGUCUUACGGCACAGAACCGGUGUUCAUCAGAUUCCUGUCCAUGUUAUGGUGCACGGCGUAUGUGCGAUGAGCAUUGCGAAUCAGCAAGGUACCGUGGUGACUGCCUCAAUCAAGCAAUAUGCAAAUGUUCGUGUGAGACUGAUCCAGCAAGACCAGCAAAAAAUGCAUGUUCUAAAUCGGAACGAUGUGAUUGCUUGCGGAUCAAGGAACCAUGUAGUAAACUUUGUGCCUGUAAACAGAUAUGCAAGAAUAAAGAGCCACAGAAAAAAGUCCUCAAGAGUGCAAAAUCAACACAAGGUUGCCAGUGCACUAAAGGGAAAAAGCAAUGCGUCAAGAAAGAAUGCCCAUGUCGCACAAUGUAUGAGUUCUGUAAUAGCAGUUGCAAAUGCAACGGUGACUGCACAAAUGGACCAUCAAAAUUUCAUCUCCCGAAACAUGUGCAGAGUUGCUUCCUGGAACACAAGAAUGAGACCAGUGGAUUGAUUCUGACAUUAAUCGGUGAUGAUUACAUAUAUCGGGGUGAUUUCUAUCAUGAAAGCCGAAGUGAGCUUCAUGUUGAAGAGCAACUUGUUGCUGCAAUUUAUGAUCUCAUUUCCAAAUAUAAGGUGGAUUUGUUCGAGGCAGUGAUAUAUGUAUCCAAAAGUCCAUGUUUUCACCAGGAUUGUGAUCCGAAAUGUGAAGUAGUGGAUGAAUGUAAGAGCAAUAAAGCUUGCGCAAAGUUGCUUGGUUUAUUACUAUCUAAAAUUCGCAAGGAGCUUAGUAAAGUGGAUGUUAAAAUGACUGUCAAAUUUUUGUAUCCACAUUUGAAUCGCGGUGAUCUAUAUACCAAACAGGGUAUUCUCUGCAUGCUUCAAGCUGGCAUAAAAGUCGAACCAUUAUUGCUCAAGGACUGGUCUGCGGUAAUGGACUGGACUCCGCACGCUGAUCACAAAGGAGAAUAUCUACAGUUAUGGAAUAGUCACAAUCUUGAUAAAGCAGUAGCACAAUCUCAGUCAUUUAUCAACGAGUGUAGGCGUGCUCUCGGUUUAUCAAUGAAGUUUUGGGUUGCCGAAAUACAUGAAAUCGUUAAAAACACUAUCCUGCACUAUUCCGAGAUUCGAGCAAAGUGUGGCGAGUUAAACAAUGCAUUGAAACAAUUGGAUCUGACAGCAACACCGCAUAAAAUCCGUUCGACGCCAAGCAAACGUCGUAGCUUCAUUGACAUGCUCGAAUUACGUGAUAAGUUAUUACUAAGGCAUUCGGAUAAGCAUAAGAACGGGAGCAAUAUAUCCGUUGCCAGUGAUGAUGCAAAUGCGCAAGCAAUGGUGGCAUCGUUCUGUGGUCGAUCAUUUGAUGAUGGUGAAACAAAUGAAAUCGCGCAACGAAUCGGUCGUGCUACUGCCAACAUAAAUGUGGAAAUUGAAACCUUAUUGGAGUUUUUAGCUCAUAAAGGAGCCAUUAGUUAAUUGGAAUAUGGCAUGUCAGAGAAGCGACAUUUGCAAAACAAUUCACUGCUGGAUAACCUC